AUGACUAUGACGAUGAGUUUUGAUGACGAUGACUAUGACGAUGGCUGUGACGAUGACGGUGAGAGUUUUGAUGACGAUGACUAUGACGAUGGCUGUGACGAUGACGGUGAGAGUAUGAUGACUAUGACGAUGAGUUUUGAUGACGAUGACUAUGACGAUGGCUGUGACGAUGACGGUGAGAGUAUGAUGACUAUGACGAAUGAGUUUGAUGAUGACGAUGACUAUGACGAUGGCUGUGACGAUGACGGUGAGAGUAUGAUGACUAUGACGAUGAGUUUUGAUGACGAUGACUAUGACGAUGGCUGGGACGAUGACGGUGAGAAGUAUGAUGACUAUGACGAUGAGUUUUUGAUGACGAUGACUAUGACGAUGGCUGUGACGAUGACGGUGAGAUAUGAUGACUAA